GUAUGGACGGUGGCCUAUUCUCCCAAUGGAACCAAAAUUGCGAGUGGGGUGGAGGGUUGCACCAUUAGCAUCUGGAACGCAGCGACUGGCAAACAGCAAACACAACCACUUUCUCAUGGCAAGACAGUGUGCUCGAUAGUCUGGUCUCCAGACAGUCGUCGUAUCAUUUCUGCCUGUAAUGAUGGCCAGAUCCACUUCUGGAGUGCACCGGUCGCCAGUGGUGCCCAACUCGGGUCCCCACUGCAAGCGCAUUUCGACAAGAUUAACUUGUUGGCCAUCUCACCUAAUGGCGAACUGAUAGCCAGUCACGGUGCGUCCAGGGAUCACACUGCAAGGGUGUGGAGCACCUCCACUCGCAAGCCUUUCGGUCGUGUGCUCCAGCAUGCCGAUAGGGUAUCUACGAUAGCCUUCUCGCCGGACGGCCAGCAUGUUGUCACAGGGGACGUGCAGAACACAAUUUUUUUGUGGGAU